AUGGCAGACCAGCCUCGUCGUUAUGUGACAGCUGCGCCAUGCGGGCCUCACGACCGCCAUCAUCAUCACAAUGACAAAGACAAAAAUAAAGAUAAAGAUAAGAAAAAAGAAAAGAAGAUAGAUAAGAAGGAUGAUAAACUGAAGGGAAAAAAAAAGAAGUUGGAUAAAGACAAAAAAGCCCUCAUAAAGGACUUUGUGACAGCAGUCGCGGCGCCGGAGCCUUGUCUCUUCGACCUCUUCCGGUUGCCCCGGCGCAGGAGACCUAGGGAUGACGAUGAUGAUGAUGAUGAUGAUGAUAAUGAUGACGAUAAACCAGACAAAGAUAAAGAGAAGGAGAAAGUGGAGAAGAUACCUAAGAAAGUAGUAGACCGGCUCAAGAAGGAUUUUAGUAAGUAUUGA